AUGGCUUUUGAAAGUGAAAUCACAUUUUUGAGUCUUUUGGUCUCAUUCUUUAUUCGCUUCUGCGAAAGUGGAUGUUCUGAAGGACUAUAUUUUGAUAAACUUCCAUUCAGGAAGUUUCAGUUGGGAAAUGUAAUCCAAACGAUUUUCGUUGAAGAUGAAAUUGACUGCUUCAUUACUUGCUCACGUUUGCCAAAGUGUUUGUCAAUGAACAUCGCUGACCAAAAGAAGCAAGAUGGUUUGUUGGAAUGCAUUCUUCUAAGAGAGUUAGCAAUGCCCUCUUCCGGGCUCUUCAUGCUAUCUCAGAUCUACCAUUACUACUUUCGACGCUUCGGAGAGGGUAUGUGUGCCACCCCGAGAUGUAAGAAUGGCGGUGUUUGCAUAACGCUGGUGAACGACUAUCGCUGCCACUGCAGACAAACAUUCGCUGGCAAAGAAUGCGAAUUAAACCUAAGUUGCAAUGCUAGUUCUGCACUUGGAAUGGAAGACGGUACAAUUCCUGACCAACAGCUUACAGCCUCAACCACUUAUGAUGGCAGGUACCUUCCAGCCUAUGGAAGACUUAACUUUAAGGCAAACGUUUCGUAUAACAGUGGGUCAUGGGCACCAAAGACUCUUGAUUUCAAUCAGUGGUUUCAAGUCGAUCUUGGCAGCGUUGCUAAGGUAACAGGGGUGGCAACCCAAGGGAACCCAAUAUAUGCAACAUGGAUAACAAGCUACGGCCUGCAGUAUAGUGUAGAUAACAGCCAUUAUGAAGACUACGAGAAAGGGAAGAUCUUCUCAGGAAACAGCGACCAGAACACUGUUGUUAAGAACAAUGUGAAUCCUGCUAUCAUUGCGAGGUACAUCAGGAUACGACCAAAGACAUGGUACCGCUAUAUCAGGACGAGGGUGGAGUUAUAUGGGUGUAAAUAAGAUAAUCUGAUCUUCGAUCGUUGCCUGUUCAAUUUUUUGAAGACAAGAAGCGCACUUUCCAUCCAACAGGCACUCGUAACCAAUCAGCACUUGUUUAUUGCACCUUGUAAGAUAGAGCUUACAAUUCCGAAGUGGGAUAGCACAGGACAAACUGUAACCUACCAGACUCGCGAAAACCAACAAAAAAAUCUCUUUAGACUAAACCAACUGAAAACUUAAAAAGAAAAAAUUUUAGAGCUGAUCGAACAGGAAAUAAUUACUUAUAACAGAAGCCAUUGUUGCUGCACCGCUUAUCUUUAUAGAAGGAACCACCGAUAGAAAAAAUACCAAUAAACACCUUACACACAUCAAUCACUGAUUUCUACAGCCGCCAUGUUGAAUURUUUAACAAGAAUKAAAAUAUUU